UUUGUGCCUUCUGUGUUGUUUUCGUCUCGGUGAGUAGCUGGUUACAGGGGUCUAUUUUUUCUUAGGUUGCUUCAGUAUCACGUUUUUCUAUAUCCCUGAUUUCUACUUUUUCCUCUCCUUUAGCAUUUGAUAUUAUGAUUUGAUUUCUUCCUUUUGUUCUGUUUGUAGGGUUUUAUAAGUUUUCUCAUUGUGGAUUUGUGCCUUCUGUGUUGGUUUCGACUCGUGCAUUGUCUAUUUUAAUUUCAAAGAUUUCUCAUGGAUCAUUCUGGUGAAGUUUGUGGUGUUAUUGGUUCUGAGAAGAAAUUUUCUGGAAUAGUAGAGGAUGAAUCGAAGAAUGUAGGGGAUGAUAUUGGCGAGAUUCUUCCUCAAAGGAGUAACAUUACUCGUUUGAAGUCUAUUGCAAGGAAGAAGAGUAAAUCCCCUUCCACUGUUAAACAGAUGAAUGAAUCGUGUGCAUCUGGUAGUAAGGAUGCUGUAGAUGAUUCUCUUGAGACUAAGUAUGUUGUGGCUCAUUUAAAGAUAAAUCCCUCUAAGAGGUUUGGAAGUAAGGUUCAACAUUUCAAUGACAAGAGUGUCAUUAAUGACUUGAAAUCUAAGUUGACCAAAAGUCAGAAAGCAUUGUUUAAGAAGACGCCAUUUGGGCACUUCUUAGAAGUAUCUGAUAUUCAUUUCCAAACCCAACUUGCCCAACUUGUGUUGUUGAGAGAGGUGUCUCAGGAGAGGGAGGAAGAGGAGAUGUGGUUUAAGUUAGGUCGUAGAGUUUGUAGAUUUUCCAUUGAGAAGUUUGCUCUAGUUACAGGUCUUAAAUGUGAUGGUGUUUUUUAUUUAACUCUUUUUCAAAAAAAGAAAGUUCUGUUUAAGAAAAAAAUUGGUCGUUUUGUUGGUAAGGUGUCAAAGGCUGAAUUGCGAAAUGCUUUCAUUAGUAAGGAUUUAGUUGAUGAUGAUGAUGUCGUGAAAUUGGGUAUAGUCAUAUUUUAGUAAACUAUUUGUACGGGUAUACUAGUGAGAAGUUGGUCGAUGACUUUUUUUUUUAGAUGGCUGAUCGUGAUAUAUCUGAAUUGGGAAAUAUUAGUUUUGGGAAGUUGGUUUGGGAUAGAAGUUUUCAUUAUUUGAAAAUUGCUUUGAAGGGUGGAAAUAAAAUUUUUGAUGGAGUUUUUAUUGAUGGGAAGGUUAGGCUUCACCCUUACAAACUUCUUGGUUUUCCAAUUGCUUUUUUCGUUUGGAUAAAUGAGUCUAUAUCUUAAUUGAAUCAUGAGUUUUGUCAGCGAGUUGGGAAAAAAUAUCCCCAUUUGUUGAAUUGGAAGAGUACUGAUAAUGUCUUCUAUUCAAAUUUGGUGGCAAAGAUUUUUAACAACCAUAAUGUAUAAUAUUUUGUUUUGUAACUGGUUACUUGCUAAAUUUGUUUAUUCAUUUUAGGAUUUUUGUUUGUGUACCUGGUUACAGAUCAUGGUAACCAGUUUCUUGGUUUUUUUUUUAUAUAUAUUUUUUAUUUAUUCAGUUGACUAUCUUGAAUGUCUAUCCAACUUUUGAGGAGAGGAAGAAACUGGCAGUGAAGAAAUUUAAGUUUGAACCUUUAUAUUUGCCAAAUGAGUGUGCUGAUGAUGGAGAUAGUAGUUCGGGUACCCAAGUACUUGUUAGUGUUGUUGUUUGUUUUAGUUAAAAAAAAAUAUUAUCUUGUUUGAAAUUUAUAGGUUUGUUUUUAUUUUUAUUUUUUGCUGUUUUGUAAAUUAUUUUAUUAUGUUUUUUCAGGUUGAUAGUGAAAAAUUGAGAUUGAUUUGUGAAUCAAUAUCUUCAAUAAAAGAGAGCCAACAAUCUAUUAUUAGUGAUAUUGCAAUUAUGAGGUCUGAGUUCAUGGGGAAACUCAGUGAUUUUUCUACACUUAUUGCAAAAAUUGUUGACAAAAAUUCAGAAAAAGUUGGAAGUUCUAGUGAUAAAAGUGCUAGAUAUAAUGAAGUGAAAAAGCCAGCUGAUUUUGAUAAAGAAUCCAAUCCUAUUUAUGAUGAUUCUAAGGUAACUUGUUUGUUCUAUGAUUUAUUGUUUUUUUUUAACCAUUUUUUGUUGUAACCAGAUUUUUUUUUUGGCCCAGGCUUGUGGGAUGGAUUUAGGUGAAUAUCUUGAUGUUAGUAAGGAUUUUUCAAAGAAGCCUGAGUUCAAUUCAGUUGGUUUAAGUUUUGAAGAAGUAUAUUUGGACCCAGAGAUUUUGAAGGUUAUUGAUAAAACUGUUGAGUAUGUAGAAGGAGAAAAGAGAUUUAGUGGGAGUAAGGAUGAUUGGAAAGUUGUGAUGGUUGGUGAUGUUGAUGAAGUUCCUGUUGUUAUUGAAAAGAGAGAGCCUAAACCUAGUACUCAUGUUAAAUCUCCUUUUGUUACUAAGUUUGGUUCAUCUAAAGUAAAAGAAAUUGUGAAGAGGAAGGGAGAAGAAGUGGUGAUUGUUAGAGGGUUGCUUCUAUUUAAAGAUGAAAUUGGACAGAAUGUUUCAAAGAAUGAAUGCAUGGAUUAUAUUACAUGGAUUGAGGAUAAAAUGAUUUUUAAAAAUAAGAAGAAGAAAUUUUCUGAUGUUAAUAACAUUAUUAAUCCAUCGAUGGAUUAUUCUUUCGUUAAAAUUUAUGAGAAGAUGUGGUUUUACAAGCUUCAAACUUGUGGGGAGGACCUUAUGGACACUCAUAUCAAUGUAUGUUUUUAUUACUUGAGGAAGAAGAUUAAGUUGAGUGAUGGUUUGAACAAGAGGGUUACAACUACAGACUCUUGGUUUGAUGCAACUAUCAAGGGUUUGUAUGAUAACUUUUUGGCAGCCAAAUGUGAUCCAAGCAGCAUUUGUUUUGAUAACCUCAUUUCAUAUUACAUUAUUGGUGAAUAUUUGUUUUGUAACACUCCUUGGGUGGAUGUGGAUCAUGUUCUUUUUCCUGUGCAUGUGAAGGUUCAGUUGCAUUGUGUUUUUAUUCACUUUUCCCUAAAGAGUAGGAUGUUAACUGUCUACAACUCUUUGGUGGGGAAGAAGAAUGAGAGUAUUGCUUUGCCAGAUGUGAAGGCUUAUUUUGUUGUUUUACCAUAUUUUCUAGACUUUCUUGAUUUUUAUGGUUAUAGGAAAGAUUUGGACUUGAAUGUUGAUCCAUAUUCUGUUGGGAAGAAGGAUCCAAUUGAUUUUAACUUUGCCAAAGACUUGCCUUCUCAAGAGGACAAUGAUUGUGGAGUAUUUGUUAUCAAGUAUGCCGAUUUGUUUAUCCAUGAGAAGAUUGAUGACAUCCCAAAGAACAUGGCUGCCAAAGUUGCUACCUAUCGUGAUUAUCUUGCCAUUAACUUGUACAGUCAUGCGAAAAAGAAGUAGAUUGGUGGGUACAAGACAGAAGAUGAUGCUCCAUCAAAGAAAUCAAAGAGUAGGAGGAAUUAUAAGUAGAGAUUUUUGUAGUUUUUUUUAAUUGUAUUAAUGUCCAUGUCUUUUUUUUCUUCCUUUGUUUAAUAGUGAAGUUGUGGUUUGUAACUAGAUACUGGUUUAGUACUGUACUUGUCUCUGGAUACUUUUUUUUUUUGUCAAUGUAAAGAACUGGUUUCACAUUUUGGCUUAAUAUAACGUUUUUUUUAUUUGUAUUUUAUUUUAAUGUGUAUGUUUUUUUUUCAAUAGAGUUGGUGAUUUUUUUAAAAGUUUGAAUAUAUUGUUAUGUACAUGUUUUUUUUUCAUAUAGGUUUCAAUUAUUUUUAGAGAACUUUGUGUGCUAAUGGAUAACUGAUUAGUGUAUAGUUUGAAAAGAUCAGUUUUACGUUACAGGUAACUGGGUACAAUUUUUUUAUUUUUAUUUUUAGUUUAUUUUUAUUUUUUGUUAAAUUAUAAUAAUUUUUUAUUCAUGAAUGUUCAAAGUAUUUUAAAAGAGAUUCUUCAUUAUGUAACUGGUUGGUAAAUGUUAAUUUUUUUGUAAGUAGGUUUGUAUGAGGAUGGUGUAACCGGUUACUUCUGUUUUUGAUAGUGAAAGCCAUAUGUUUUAGGUAACUGGUUAUUGUUUCUUUAUUUUUUAUUUUUAUUUUAAGUUUUUUUUGAUAUAUUUAUGUUUUUUUUGUGUGAAAGAUUUGUGAUUAUAUAACUAGGUUUUUAAGUCGUUUGUUACAUGUAUAUAUAGUCGUUUGUUAAAUUUACUUAUAGUAACUGUUUUUUUUCUUUCUAUAAUAUGUGUUGUAACCAGGUACACGAGUCUUCAGAUUUUGAAUAUCUUGUGUUGGAACCAGGAAGUUGAGUAUCAAGUUUAUAAAAUGUAAAAUGCUUAAAAAGUCUGUACUUUUAUUGAAGUAGAAAACAUUAGAAUUAAUUGAAAUUGUAGUCUAUCUACUCUUUAGAAAAUUAUUUGUCUAAUUUCUUUGACUUUGUUGGGUUUCGCUGCUUUGGGAUUGGUUCAUUCCUACAUGUUUUUCUAUUAUGUCCUGGUUGCGGGUAUCUUCCACAUUUUAUCUGCACUUUUGGUUCUCCUCUAGAUCU